CAGUUUUUUGAAGUUUGAGUGACGAACACCAUCUUAGUAGUAGUUCAAGAAGUACGAUCAAAUUGUUCGCUAGUUCUUAUAAAUGGGUGGUAACAAACAAAGGCGAUCUAAAACCUAUCACCACUCUCAUCGAGGACAAUCCAGCCGCACCCGUCAACCUGAUGACUCUUUCAAGGUUGAAGAGUCUUUACCCGGGGAAUUUGUAGAAGAAGACGAACCAACCGGUCCAAAAAUUCAGUUGGCUAUGUGGGAUUUUGGUCAGUGCGAUGCUAAAAGGUGCACUGGACGGAAGCUUGCAAGAUUUGGUUUGUUGAGAGAGCUGCGUGUUGGUAGUGGAUUCGGUGGCAUUUGUUUAAGUCCUACUGGAACACAGUGCAUCUCAAGAGAAGAUAGUAGUUUAAUUGAUCGAAAGGGAAUGUCUGUAGUCGAUUGUUCAUGGGCACGUUUAGAUGAUGUACCUUUCACCAAACUGCGCUGUCCUGCACCUCGUCUUUUACCAUGGUUAGUAGCAGCAAAUCCAGUAAACUAUGGUCGUCCGUGUCAGCUAUCUUGUGUUGAGGCCUUAGCAGCUGGUUUAAUUAUAUGUGGCGAGGAGGAAACUGGAAAUCUAUUGCUCAGCAAGUUCAAAUGGGGUCACGCGUUCUUGUCCCUCAAUAAGGAACUUCUGAAGGCAUACUCACAAUGUCAAACGAGUGCUGAAAUCAUUUCAACUCAGAAUGAGUGGCUCUCUGCACAAACCUCACCUAUUCCACAAACUCUAAAAGCAGAAGACUCUGGAUCUCAUAGUGAAGGUGAAAAUUCUUCUAAUGAUUCCGACGAUGGACUUCCUCCUCUAGAAAAGAAUAUGAAUCAUGUUUCCUUGGCGGAUAGCGAUGAAGAGAGUGAAUAGCAUACUUGUAGUUGCAGUAAGAAAAAAAUGUUUGCUGAAUAUAGCAUAGCAGAAUCCUAUGUUUACUAUGUUCUUCUUCUUUUUUUUCAAUCUAAUUAUAGUUGAUUUUGGCAACUGAUGCAUAAUGUUAGAAUGUGGAGAGUGUUCUCCCAAUAUCAUCCAUACAAUGGUAGUGUUUUGAUAU